AUGGCUCUUGCAUCAGAGGAGAUAAUGUGUACCUGCAGCGCCGCCGCCGUGGACUGCCACGGCCUGGGGCUGCGAGCGGUGCCGAGGGACGUGCCCCGGAGCGCCGAGAGACUUGAUUUAGAAAAAAAUAAUAUCACAAGAAUUGCUAAGACAGACUUUUCUGGGCUGAAGAACCUCCGUGUUUUGCAUUUGGAAGAAAAUCAAAUCAGUGUGAUAGAACGUGGAGCUUUUCAGGAUCUAAAGCAACUUGAACGGCUACGUCUGAACAAGAAUAAAUUACAGGUACUUCCUGAGCUGCUUUUCCAGAAUACACAGAAGUUAACCAGAUUGUGGGGGGAACCUUAGCCUCGAUCGGAACUGUUCCUGUUGGAUCCCCAUCACCUCAGCUGGGAUGCUCUGCUGCCCUUCUGCUGCAGCCUCACCCAGGCCUGGCAGGCAUACCUCCAACAGAGACCCCUGGGCCGGAGCCUGCCAUUUCCAGAGGUGAUGCAGGAGUGCCUGGUUCAUAACUUAGCCUUGCAGCAAGGGGCAUGGAGCUUCACUGCUUCCUUGGUCAGGUUGCACAUAAUCAAGCUGACUCACCUCUUCAUCUUAGCUUGUUUGACCUGACUGUUGGGCAGUCCAUUUAGCUGCAUGCCUCUUGGGUGACAUGAAAAUUGCCCUUUCUGCAAAUGUGCUUGCUCUCCUAGAAGACUACCGCCAUACACAACAAGCCCUCCCUGAUGGCAGCUUGCUAGACAGACGCUCUCUAUCUCUACCUGUUUCUCUAACUGUGGACAGCACUCUGCUCUCUCUCCCCAAUCUGCCUUGAGAUCCUGUCUGUACAUGUGGACAGUCAAAGUGCAGGCAACCUUUGCCACCCACUCUGAUGUGACUUGGAGGCAGCACGUAGUGGCAGCAACACCAAAUCAAACCUUUCUGAACUGCCCCAGCUUUAGUCAAUCUUUGCUGCCAUCAGCAUUCUCUUUAGCACGCUGGACUUGGACUUCUCUAAGACUGUGUACAUCUUCUCAAUUCUAUACUAAGCAGCCAAGGGUAGCAUGAUCUGCCUGGCCAAUUUCCUUCUGGGACAGGUCAAGAUGCUGACUUUGAAAAUCUGCAGAAACUGGUUCUCAGGGUUUAAACCCAUUGCUAGCCCCAGAUGUCCUCCAACUCUUCUGCUUUCUGGUCCAGGUGCAUGUGACAUUUGAAUUUGGGCACUUCACUUUGCAAAAAAAACAUGGACCAGUUUGUGUUGCAAUGGAUCCUCUGCAGAGUAGAAGAUGGACAACUGGUGCUACACGUAUAAUCGCACAAGGGGCAUGAGGGAGGAAGUUUCACUCUCUGUUGACAUGAUGAGUUUUUUGUUUUGGUCACUAACAAGAGUUUCAUGCUCAGCCCCUGGGGAGGGCAGCAUAUCUUUGCACUUUCACAGCUUUUUGAGUAUUUGUAUA